UGCGCGUUUUCUUCCUCCUCUCCUUCCUUCCUGCAGUCUCGGCCCUUCUCCGCUGAAAAAACAUAAGAUGAGAAGCCGCCGCAGCGGCCCCGAACCGAGCCGACACUGAACCGAGCCGGGCUUCGGGCGGAAUGUCGGCGGAGCGGAGGAGGCCGAGCUCAGCUGCCGCUCCCCGGCCCUGAACGCGACACGACCGCCGCCGGAGCCCCGGCCGCGCAGCCUUGAGGAGCAGCGGAGGGCGGGUGGAGCUGCAGCCCGCCGKGCCGGACCGGACCGUUCCGAGCCGAGCCGAACCCGACAGAGCCAGUCACCCCCACCGUCCGGACGGCGAUGCAGAGAAACCUCAAAAACUGAAGUGUCUUCAAAGAAUCCAGACCUGAUCCGCCGUGCCCCCCACUCAUUCAGACUGCAGCAUGGAGCGAUCCGGCAGCAUCCAGCUGGACAUUCCUGACUUCAGUAACUCGGUCCUGACUCACCUGAACCAGCUGCGGGUCCAGGGCCGUCUAUGCGACAUCGUGGUCAACGUUCAGGGCCAGAGUUUCCGCGCGCACAAGGUGGUCCUCGCUGCCAGCUCGCCUUACUUCCGCGACCACAUGUCUCUUAGCCAGAUGAGCACGGUGUCGCUGACGGUGAUCCGGAACCCGUCGGUGUUCGAGCAGCUGCUGUCCUUCUGCUACACGGGCCGCCUCUGCCUGCAGCUCGCCGACAUCAUCAGCUACCUGACCGCCGCCAGCUUCCUGCAGAUGCAGCACAUCAUCGACCGCUGCACCCAGAUCCUGGAGGGCAUCCACCUGAAGAUCAGCCUGGCCGACCUGGACGAGGGGUCCCGGGAGGAGGAGGCGGGCCGGGGGUCCAGGAGCAGCAGGACCCUAGAGGCCGUGGUGCGAGGAKGGGGUCAGCACGGGAGUCUGCGGCUGCUCGGCCCGCGUGGUGGCGCCGAGCCGUGCGAGGUGGUCAGCCCGGCAGAGGAGCCGCUCAGCCCGCCGCCGACCGUCGAGCACAGUGGUCUGGAAGGGUCCGGGGCCACCAGCAGCCGCCAGGGCAAAGAGCCCAUCCUCCGCAUAAACCGGGCGGGGCAGUGGUACGUGGAGACCAGCAGCGAGCCGGACCGGACCGACAGCGCCGAAGAGGGGGUGGACGGAGUCCGGAUCAAGACGGAGAGGAUGGAGGACUGGAUCGGAGCCGGGGAGCAGCAGGAGGAGGGGGGCCCGAUGGAGGAGGGGGCCACAGUCAUGAUCGACACGUCGGGGCGCAGCACGGUGGUGACGGCGCCGCUGGGAACCCGCCGCGUGCAGCCGUCCUCCAGCUUCAGCGAGACGGACAGGUUCAGUCCCACCGGCAGCGUGGUGGUCCUCACGGAGCGCCAGAGAGCCAAGAGCGAGUCUCCGAGCAGAGCUGACGAGCUGCGGCAGCCGAACUCGCAGGGGGAGGAGCACGCAGCGUUCGACAUGGGCGGCUACGAGGAGUACCUGAGGGAGCAGGUAGGAGACCGCUGGUUCCGCUACAACCCCCGGCUGACCUGCAUCUACUGCUGCAAGUCCUUCAACCAGAAGGGCAGCCUGGACCGCCACAUGCGCCUGCACAUGGGCAUCACGCCGUUCGUCUGUCGCAUCUGUGGCAAGAAGUACACCCGCAAAGACCAGCUGGAGUACCACAUCCGCAAGCACACAGGCAACAAGCCCUUCCACUGCCACGUCUGCGGGAAGAGCUUCCCCUUCCAGGCCAUCCUCAACCAACACUUCCGCAAGAACCACCCGGGCUGCGCCCCCCAGGAGGCCCACAGCGCCUCCCCCGAGACCACCACCGCCUCCGUCACGUCCAGGGGCGGUCCGAGCCAAGAGGCCUCCCCGAGCCAAGAGGAGCCCGAAGGAGGGGGAGGCGGGAGCGGCAACGGCGGAGGCCCGUACGGAGAGGGUCCUCAGACCUCCGUGUCCACCACGGGGCCCGACUGACCUCAGCGACAGGAAGUGGGCGGGGCUAAGUCUGAUCCUGUUGUACCUGAAAGCAUCAGGAAACGUUCUAACAACAAACACCUCAGAGUCUAAACUGAGAUUUUUUAUUUUUUAUUUUUUCCGCUUUAAACCGCAUCUACCUUCAGUAAGCAAACCGGACAGAUUAAGCUAAAUGAAGAAAACGCCACACACUCUCCAACAACCUCGUUUACACCACACACACUCCAACAACCUCGUUUACACCACACACACACUCCAACAACCUCGUUUACACCACACACACACUCCAGUGGUUCUCCUUCUGCCUCCGUCAGGUUUUCUGUUCGGCAUUUCUACUUUUAUAUUUACUGGUUCACAAAAGCAGCGUCGCUACAGAAGACUUUGCCAAAAUCCUCAGUGCCAGUUUGCCGGUUCAGAUCCUUUGUAUUUGCCUUGAGACAAUCCGGAGCAGUCAGGUUAAUAAUAAUUAUUUACACUCGUUAAGUGCCACAGUGGCAAAGAUCUCAUUAAAACAGAAAAUAUAAACGUUAAAUUCCAGUGUGAUUGGAGUUUAUUUUUGUCAAAUAUAGGAGUCAUAAAACACAAGCUUACACUACAUUCUUUAAAAUUACAUUAUACGAUAAACAGUCAGUAAAACUACCAACACAAGCUGGUUUAUGUUAUUUUUAUUAUUUUAAACUUUGUUAAAACUUGACAAACGUUCUCAGAGUCUAAGCUGGCUUUAAGUAUUUUAUCUUGUUGGAAGUUGAAACUAGUUUUAUCAUUUAACUUUAUGCAGAGAAAGCUAUUUCUACAUAUUCUCCASAAAUUUUCAAUUUGGCAACAAAUUCUUGUCUUUUUCCAAACAGGAAUUCAAAUUUGUAAAUAAUGAGUAAAAUACAAGUUUUCCUAAAUAAAAAGCAAGAAAAACAUUUUUGAUAAUAAUUAUAUAUUGAUGGUCUACGGCCCCGUCUACACCACUCUAAAU